AACAACUCGCAGAUGUAAACCUGUUAACUAUGAUAUGGAAAUAUAUGCGUCAUUAAUUGUGUUCUGGAUCCCGGAGCAACAGAUGAACAGAAAGCCAUACAACAAACUACAAAAACUACAAAAAGCCAUAACCGACUGGGACAAUAAUUCGCGCUGUUUUUACUGCUCUUAGUAUCGACUAGAAACCUGUGCUUCUGUUGUCGGCGUGUCAGUCAGACUCUUGGUGGUUUGUGAGUAAAAACAAAAAAGAAAAAAAACCCAUGAUGUGUAGGCUUUGUCUAAAGAGAAACUGCAGGGAGGACAAGGAGGAGACAGACAUUUUCCCUGUCAGAGACUGAAAAGAGGAGCACUGGGCCAGCAGCAGACUACUGUGGCUGUGAACAGACAUAUAAGUGCUUCCUAGAUCAAAGCAAGGAAGGAGCUGUCCUGCUGUCAGAUUUACAAAAAGAGACAAAGACAGAAAGCAAGUAAGCAGUGGAGCUGCGACGUCAGCUGAUUAUUGAUUGUUACUAAAACUGAGUGCUUUACCCACCUGGACAAUAUAGACUCAGCUUGCAUCAAAGGGGAAAACCAACAAUAGCCUCUACCAGAGUAAAAGGAGGAGGGGGAGUGACCAGUAGCCAGAGAGAGGCAGAGAGCAGGGAACCAGUUUCCUUUCUCUCUCUUCACCCGUGUCCUUGUCAGGCUGGCUGGUGCAGCCAUGGCGUUCACCUUUGCGGCCUUCUGCUACAUGCUCACCUUGGUACUGUGUGCAGCUCUCAUCUUCUUUGUCAUAUGGCAGAUCAUUGCGUUUGAUGAGCUUCGCACAGACUUCAAAAACCCCAUCGAUCAGAGCAAUCCCACCAGAGCGAGAGAAAGGAUUCUCAACAUUGAAAGGAUCUGCAACCUGCUUCGUAGGUUGGUGGUACCGGAGUACUCCAUCCACGGUCUCUUCUGCCUGAUGUUCAUGUGUGCUGGAGAGUGGGUCACACUUGGCCUAAAUAUCCCGCUGCUCUUCUACCAUCUGUGGAGGUUUUUUCAUCGGCCCGCUGAUGGCUCAGAGGUCAUGUAUGAUCCUGUCAGCGUGAUGAACGCGGACAUUCUCAACUACUGUCAGAAAGAGUCCUGGUGUAAGCUGGGCUUUUAUCUUCUCUCAUUUUUCUAUUAUCUCUACAGUAUGGUCUACGCCUUGGUGAGCUUCUAACAAACAGGAGAAAUGAAGAAAUAAAAUAACUGUAAAAGAAAAAUUGGAGAACAAACGGAGACACAAACCUUUACUUUCUCCAUGUAUUCUGACCUUUCUGGCUUUGGGCUUUGGAAGUCUAACUUUGGACAAAGCAUGAAGAACAAUUUGAGUGAAUGUGAAUUUUUUCGAAAAAGCCUCUUUUCGAUUGUAUCAUUGUACACCCGAUACUGCUGUCGGACAACCGGAUGAAAUCUUGAAGGACUGAAACGCAGGUGUUUGUGUUGCCUUUGACCCAUUUUACAAUUUAACAAUACUUCUGAAGGGCUGGAUUUUCCCCACGCUGCUCUUAAUAAUCCAGUCGCUCAACUCACUGUGAAUCUCCAAACACUUGGGGACUGGAAAAUGAAAAAUUAUGUCUGUAUUCUUUGACUUUGACAAUGUACUAAAAGCAGGAUUGUUUUGCAUAUGGAAACUCUGACGUCAAACCGUUACUCUGAUCGUGUUGCAGGAAAUGGGUUAGCAGUGUAAGAGGUUUAAUGGAGUGUGCACAGACACCUUUAACCAGGACAGAGGAUAAAGAUUUGCCUGAUGCCAGUCUCUGCCAAACGCAAAGUCAAAUGAGACAAAAAAUAAAUGAAAAAUAAAGCAAGGAAUUAUCCUGGUUUGACUUAAAUAAGUUUGACUUUAAGGGUCAAUGCUUAUGAUGCGCAUUCAAAAUAGGUGUGUCCAUACGUGAGAGGGCAUAUUUUACACUAUGUGCUAGGUUCAUGCUUUCCAAAGAGCGUUCAGCUCAAACAUGCCAAAAUGUUACCGCUGAAAAUCAUUGUGCCAAAUAUAAAAUCAAGGUCAAAAGAAAAAUGAUGAGACUAGAAAGUAGUUGCAGUAUUUUGUGCUCUCAGACCUUAUCUUUAAUUCUACUUUCUUUAGCACAUUAUUUUAUUGGCACAGUAUUUUUUUUCCUCAAAAAACAAACAAAAAAACUUUAGUUUUGUU